AUGGCUGCCGACUCCGCCUCUGACGACAGCAAGUUCCUGCGGCAGGAUGACGACUUCAGGAACAGUGGUGUGGGGCAGGCUGAUUGGUCGGCCAAGAAGAUGGUGUGGAUCCCGUCAGAGAAGGAGGGGUUUGAGGCCGCCAGCAUCAAGGAGGAGAAGGGAGACGAUGUGCUGGUAGAGUUGGCUAACGGUAGGAAAGCCACAGUCAACAAGGAUGAUAUCCAGAAGAUGAACCCUCCUAAGUUCAGUAAGGUGGAGGACAUGGCAGCUCUUACCUGUCUCAACGAGGCCUCUGUCCUCCACAACCUCAAAGAGAGGUACUUCUCCAGCCUCAUCUACACGUAUUCAGGUCUGUUCUGUGUGGUGGUGAACCCCUAUAAGAUGCUUCCUAUCUACUCAGAGAAGAUCAUUCAGAUUUAUAAGGGGAAGAAACGCCACGAGGUUCCUCCUCAUAUCUACUCCAUCACUGAUAACGCUUACAGGAACAUGAUGCAAGAGCGUGAGGACCAGUCAAUUCUGUGCACAGGUGAGUCUGGAGCGGGGAAGACAGAGAACACGAAGAAGGUGAUCCAGUAUCUGGCGGUGGUGGCUUCCUCUCACAAGGGCAGCAAGAAGGACACUGGAGCUGUGAGUGGGGAGCUAGAGAAGCAGCUGCUGCAGGCUAACCCCAUCCUGGAAGCCUUCGGGAACGCCAAGACCAUCAAGAACGACAACUCCUCACGAUUCGGCAAGUUUAUUAAGCUCAACUUUGACGUGACCGGAUUCCUGGUUGGAGCCAACAUCGAUACCUACCUGCUGGAGAAGUCUCGCUGUAUCCGCCAAGCCAAGAUAGAGAGAGCCUUCCAUAUCUUUUACUACAUGGUGGCCGGCGCGAAGGACCAACUAAAGGAGGAGCUGUUACUGGAGGAUUUCGGGGCCUACCGGUUCCUGGUGGCGGGUCAUGUGGAGGUGCCUGGUCAGGAAGAUGAUCAGAUGUUCAUAGAAACACUGGAGGCCAUGGAGAUCAUGGGUUUCUCUGAGGACGAGAGGACAGGCAUGAUGAAGGUGGUCUCCACUGUGCUCCAGCUGGGGAACAUUAAGUUCAACAAGGAGAGGAACAAUGAGCAGGCCACCAUGCCCGACAACACAGCGGCUCAGAAAGUGUGCCACCUGCAGGGUAUCAACGUGACAGACUUCACCCGUUCCGUCCUCACCCCCCGUAUCAAGGUGGGCAGAGAGGUGGUGCAGAAGGCUCAGACCAAGGAACAGGCUGACUUUGCCAUCGAGGCCCUAGCGAAGGCCAUGUAUGAGCGGUUGUUCAGGUGGAUCCUGGCUCGGGUGAAUAAGACUCUGGAUAAGGCCAAACGUAAAGGAGCAUCAUUCCUGGGGAUCCUAGACAUCGCUGGCUUUGAAAUCUUUGAGGACAACUCGUUUGAGCAGCUGUGCAUCAACUACACCAACGAGCGUCUGCAGCAGCUGUUCAACCACACCAUGUUCAUCCUGGAGCAGGAGGAGUACAAGAGAGAGGGGAUCGACUGGGCCUUCAUAGACUUCGGCCUGGACCUGCAGCCCUGCAUAGAGCUCAUCGAGAGACCGAACAAUCCUCCAGGUAUCUUGGCUCUGUUGGAUGAGGAGUGCUGGUUCCCUAAAGCCACAGACCUGUCCUUCGUUGAGAAGCUGAUGAACACACACACGUCCCACUGCAAGUUCUCCAAACCCAAAUCACUCAAAGACAAGACUGCCUUCUCUGUUCUUCACUACGCCGGCAAGGUGGACUACAACGGGGCCAACUGGCUGACCAAGAACAUGGACCCUCUGAAUGACAACGUGACGGCUCUCCUCAACAACUCAUCCAACCCCUUCAUACAGGACCUCUGGAAGGAUGUGGACCGUGUGGUGGGUCUGGAGACCAUUACUAAGAUGUCAGAGAGCUCGGCCCCCAGCGCCACCAAGUCUAAGAAGGGCAUGUUCAGGACAGUGGGCCAGCUCUACAAGGAGUCCCUGGGCAAACUGAUGACCACGUUGAACAACACACAACCCAACUUCAUACGCUGUAUCAUCCCUAACCACGAGAAGAGGGCAGGGAAGCUGGAUGCUAACCUGGUUCUGGAACAGUUGAGGUGUAACGGGGUUCUGGAAGGGAUCCGUAUCUGCAGACAGGGCUUCCCCAACCGCAUCGUGUUCCAAGAGUUCCGACAACGCUAUGAGAUCCUAGCAGCCAACUGCAUCCCAAAGGGUUUCAUGGACGGGAAACAGGCUUGUCAACUAAUGAUGAAGCACCUGGACCUGGACCCUAAUCUGUUCCGUAUUGGUCAGAGUAAGAUGUUCUUCAGAACAGGAGUGUUAGCCCAGCUGGAGGAGGAGAGGGACAUUAAACUGACCGUGGUCAUCAUCGCCUUCCAGGCCCACGCUAGGAGCUUCCUCGCACGCAGAGCGUUUAGUAAGCGUCAGGCCCAGCUGACUGCUAUGAAGGUGAUUCAGAGGAACUGUGCUGUCUACCUGGUCCUGAAGAACUGGCAGUGGUGGAGACUCUUCACCAAGGUGAAGCCCCUCCUCCAGGUGACGCGACAGGAAGAAGAAAUGGGUCAGAAGGAGGAGGAGCUGAAGUCCGCCAAGGAUCUGGCUCAGCAGAGCCAGGUGGAACUGAAAGAGAUCUCCCAGAAACACACACAGGUAGUAGAGGAACGAGCUAAACUGGAGCAGAAGCUUCAGGCAGAGACAGAGUUGUAUGCUGAGGCAGAGGAGAUGAGGGUUCGUCUGGAGGUCAAGAAGCAGGAGCUGGAGGAGGUGCUCCAUGAGAUGGAGUCGCGGCUGGAGGAGGAGGAGGAGAGAGCCACACAGCUGCAGCAGGAGAGGAAGGACAUGCAGCAGCAACUACAGGCCAUGGAGGCCCACCUGUCAGAGGAAGAGGACUCUCGUCAGAAGCUGCAGCUGGAGAAGGUGACUGUUGAGGGGAAGGUCAAGAAACUGGAGGAGGACGUUGUCAUCAUGGAGGACCAGAAUAACAAACUACUCAAGGAGCGUAAACUGUUGGAGGAGAGAAUAGCAGACUCCAGCUCUAACCUGGCUGAGGAAGAGGAGAAGUCUAAGAACCUGGCCAAGCUGAAGAACAAACACGAGUCUAUGAUCUCAGACCUGGAGGUGCGUAUGAAGAAGGAGGAGAAGGGCAGGCAGGAUGUGGAGAAGGCCAAGAGGAAGCUGGAGACGGAGCUGGCUGAUCUCCAGGAGCAGCUGGCCGACCUGCAGGCCCAGAUAGCCGAGCUCAGAGCACAGCUCGCCGCCAAGGAGGAGGAGCUACUGGCCACACAGGCCAGGUUGGAGGAGGAGUCUGCCGGAUGUGUUGCGGCGGUGCGUCGUGUCAGGGAGCUGGAGGGGCUGUUAGGUGAGAUCCAGGAGGACCUGGAGUCAGAGGGGGCUGCCAGGAGGAAGGCUGAUGCAGCCUGUAGAGACCUGGGGGAGGAGCUGAACGCUCUGAGGUCUGAGCUGGAAGACACUCUGGAUACCACCGCCGCGCAGCAGGAGCUACGGUACGGUCAAGUCACGCUCACCACCACAGCCUGA